AAUGUGUGUGCCUCCAACACAGAUGAAUGAGUUAAACGCCUAGGGCAUAUCGAUUGAUAUUGCAACGGCUCUGCUUCUCCAACAGCCCAUGCCCAUGGCAAGUCAUCAGGUGUACCCAACUCUCACCUCACCCUUCAGCUCCCAGCCACCUUCACAGAUAGAUGGUCUAAGCGUCGGUGGUUUGCCUUGGCAGCAACUCCAUUCUUCCCCCCACAGUGACAGUGGAUCACAAGCCCACGAGUGACUUGGAACGCCCAAAGCCUCUCAGAGCGGCUUCACUUCACCCAUAGCAUGGGCUGUCUAUCUCAACCACACCAGCUGUACAAUCAUCCGCGUUACCCUUGGGGCCGCACCACCCGAUAUGAAAAGCCCCCGAAGCGAACGAGAACCAUGACGAUGGCGGAUAUCUUGGUCCACUUGAUCCAGAUUGCAUCCCCAGCUCUACCCCGAAUUCACACAUGAGCCAGAUGGCCGUCAAUAUAAACGACCAUGAUUGAGCUGCGGCUCUUUUUCCAAGAGCCCUACCGUGCCGUGGGACGACUGGCUUCCCUCAAGAAAAGCAAAAAGGUCAGGUGUACAGCAGACGGAGGCACGGAAGCGAGGAGGGUUCCACGAUGCUGCUGCAGGAUCCAGUAACGUCCAACUGCUGAUUCGUCGUCUCUUUGCAUGCGAACCAGCUGCAGUUGCAUCGCCGGUUGCAUGAGUAGCCCAAUUCACCACAUUUUCGACUUGCCGUCUCUCCAAAUUCCCGCAGCAGUCCUGUAGUCAUCGUGCUCUUGCGGGCUAAGGAAUGGCCGGCAGCUUGGUGAUUCUACCAGGCCUGUUUUGUAUCAACGCUAAGUGGGCAUUGAUAGGUAUGGACCUCGUUCCUGAACCAGCAGAUAAUUACCUUCCCAAAAAAUGACCCCG